AAGUCCGACGAGUCGUGACCGACCGGGAGCCGCGAGGAAAAUCUCAAUCUCAAUUCAAAAACUCCAGCUCCGACUUGGAUUUAGAUUUGGAGUCGCUGGACCGCCGCCAAUGAAAGUUGUGUGUUUAUGUUCGCGUCGAUUUCGGAAUUUGUUUUUGGAAAAACGCAGUAGUAGCGCGUAAAGUUUAAUUCGCGUUUUGUCUACCGCUCGAAAUGUGCAAUUUGUUUUGGCUUUCGGCCUGUUUUCUGGCUGUCUGGCUGCCCUUCGCCCUGAGCGAAUCCAAUGCCACAAGUCUUGUGAGGGAGCCCAAGACGGAGCCAAAAGCAGAGCUGGUGCCUUCGGCGGAGAAACUGAUCCGAUACCGCCGACAGCCGCCCUUCGCCGUGGUUAAGCGUUCCAAGGUGCGCCGACGCACAAAAGGUCCACCGAAGAUCAAAUACGGACCACCUCCACCUCACAUUCGCUACUCGAAGCCAUCGUUUCCUGCCCACAUCGAGGAGCCCAGUUUCUCCCUUGAUGACUUCCAGCAUCUGAAGUUCGAUGGAGCUGACUUCAAGAUACCCACUUCAAGCUACGAAGCGCAGUCCAUGGAUCUGGAUUUCUAUAACCAUGAUACGGAACCUGAUCUUUAUGGAGGACACAAGUUCCCGAGCCUGAAUUUCGCCUUGGUUACCACCCACGAACAUGUUCCCCACCAGAAGUACGGAUUGCCUCCUCUACAGCAAAGUUUCCAGCCGGAUCACUCAUUUGCCUCGCACUAUGAGCCACCUCCUGCUCCUGCUCAUCCGCCAGCUACCAAGUAUGGGGUACCCACUGCUCCGGCACCGGUUCCCAGCUACCCGCAUCAGGAUCUGCCCGCUCCCGAUUCCUAUUCCAUUUAUGAGCAGAAGAUUCCCAACGUGGGCUACCAUCAGAACUUCGCUGAGCCACCGAAACAGCCGCCUAAACAUGGUUCCAAUCAUAGUCCCAACUUUGAGAUUGCCUAUUCCCCGCCCGCUUUUGAGAUUAGCACUUCCUAUCAAUCGAAUCACCAGCAGAGCUAUGUACCACCUCAUCCUUCGCAAUCACAUGAUGGAUUUGCCGAGCCACCGUCUAAUAAUUAUGUGAAGCCUCCUCAGCAUCCUCCAUCUAAUGGCCACGCCCCACCACAGCAUCCUCCUUCCACUUAUAAUCAGCCCGCUCAGCAUCCUUCAUCCAGUUAUGAUCGACCUUCUCAGCAUCCUCCUUCCACUUAUAACCAGCCUCCCCAACAUCCUUCAUCCAGUUAUGAUCAACCUCCCCAACAUCCUUCGUCCAGUUAUAAUCAGCCUCCCCAACAUCCUUCAUCUAGUUAUGAUCAGCCUCCUCAACAUCCCUCUUCCAGUUAUGAUCAGCCUCCUCAACAUCCGUCACCUAGUUAUAAUCAACCUCCUCAGCAUCCCUCCUCCAGCUAUGACCAACCACCUCAGGAUCACUCCAACAGCUAUCAACAUCCUCCUUCAUUAACCUACGACCAACCACCUCAGCAUCCUCCUACAAACUACAUAUCCUCCGAUUCGCAUUCAAUUCAGAGCUACCCACAAGACGACUAUGCACCACCCUCGCAGGAAUUACCCUUGAAUAUACACCACAAGUUUCCUAGUUUUGAUUUUCCAAAAUCUAGCUACGAAGUGCCCAUCUAUGAUCCCGUGCCUUUCGAAGCCUCCAACCGAGAUGAGCAGGAGUCCUAUCCACCCAUUCUGGCAUCCUCUCCGGAUCAGAAUGAAAUAACUUCAGAUGCCCAUGCGUCUGGUAGCUCCAAGCGGCGAAAGAGGAAGCGAAAGCCCAGUGCAGGAAUCGUGCCAGGAAAGCAUACACUAGAUGUUCCUGAGCUCCAGCAGGCCUAUGAUGCGGAUAGCCACUCAGGGGAAUCGCAUGAAAAUGCAGAUACGGAUACGAAUAGCUCACAUUAUGUGGAGAGAAAGCAGACCUUCUUUAAUUUUGUCACACCCACAACAACGACUUCGACUACUCCGGCACCUUGGAGUCCCAUGAGGGGAAGGAGCAGUCCUACCCGCACGGCAUUCAUACCCACCAUUGUGACAAGUACUCCCGGAACUCCCACUACCGGUCGGAGUAGAAGUCGCGGCACGUCCCGAUAUCGCACAAACCCCCAACCCGAAAAUCCUAGUUCACCUGACCCCAUCACCACGAGUGUUAGGAUUGAUCAAUCGCACUCGCAGAGUUACUACGAUGGCACCAUUGCACCACCCACCCGGCAACCAUUCAUACCCACAACAGGAGGACGUGGUUCACGACCAACCCGCCCCGGUUCUCUGAGGAAUCACGGUCCAGUGUCGCCGCUGGCCCUGCAGCCGUCGAAUUCCGGAAGAGGAGGUCCUACCUCCAAGCGAACCACCAAGGGCGUCUUCGAUACGACGCUGUUCAAGAGCCCUCUCAGCGAUCGGGAAAUGGAGCGAAAUCUCCAUGGGCUGCGUCAAAACUUGCCAAAAAACCACAAACUAUACUGAAUUAAAAGGAGGCAUAGCUUAAAGACUUGGUUAACUAAUACUUAGACUUUAGCAAUAAGUUAUUAAGUUGUAUUGAAAACUAGACUAAGGAUGUUGAAUAAAUUAAAAUAGUUCUUAAUAACUAUAAAUCUAUCGAGUA